GCCUUUCUGGGUGUUCCAUGCUCUUAAGCCAUAAGCUGCUCCCACCCACAAGCUCUCUCUUCCUCUGCUGUCUCUCUCGCCUCGCUUCUAUUGGGAGAUUGUGCUGCGGUGCGAGAGAGAGAGAGAGAUGAUGUCGAGGGAGCGCAAGAAAGCGGCAGCUCUGCAGGAGAAGCUGCAACUCCUUCGCUCUCUCACCCACUCCCAUGCUCUGAGCAACACGUCCAUAAUCAUGGACGCCUCCAAGUACAUCAAGGAGCUGAAGCAGAAGGUGGUGAUGCUGAAUCAGGAGAUCGCUUGCGCGGCGCAAGACUCGCGCAGCAGACAGACCUCCUACCCGACGGUGAACGUUGAAACCCUAGGACACGGGUCGUUCCUCGUCAAUGUGUUGUCAGACAAGAGUUGCCCGGGGCUUCUGGUUUCCAUCCUCGAGGCCUUCGACGAGUUGGGCCUCAGCGUCCUCCAAGCCACGGCCACUUGCGCGGAUACUUUCCGCCUAGAAGCCAUAGGAGGGGAGAACCUGAUGGAGAACGUGGAUGAGCACGCCGUGAAGCAGGCCGUGCUGCGGGCCUGCUCCUCACACAGCGGCGGCGGCGGCAACAAGCAAACAUAGCGCAAGCUAGCAGAUCCUCGCCCUCGCCCUCGACCGUCAAGCAUCUCAAUAACAUAUAUUGGUUAAUCUGGUCUAUUGAUUCUCUCUCUCUCUCUCUCUCUCUCUCUCUCUCUCUCUCUCUCUCUCUCUCUCUAUCACAUAUCUCCCUACCGUGUUCCUUCCGUGUUCGUCUCCGGUGAUCGAUGAAUGAUGAGAUGCCUAUUCUCGGUUGAGUAAUGUUGUUAGUCAUGAUGCAUGCAAGGCGGGGCAUAAUAUGACCACGCAUGCAUGAUUAAGGCCUUGAUCAUGUAACACAUGCAUGUGCUGCGAUGUUUGGAAGCUAAGAGCUAAACGGUUGGGGCCUUGUGUCGUA